CGUCUCGUGUUAGGUUUUAGCUGAGAAGCCAUAGCCUGGAAACCAGUAACAAGAAGGAGGAACUGAGGAAGAAGAACAAGGAUGCUGUACGUAAUAGGGUUGGGAUUGGGCGACGAGAAGGAUAUCACCCUGCGAGGGUUAGAAGCAGUGAAGAAGUGUGAGAAAGUGUUCAUGGAAGCUUACACUUCUUUGCUCUCUUUCGGCCUCUCCGACGACGGAAUCGCUACUCUGGAAAAUCUGUACGGGAAGCCGAUUACAAUCGCCGACAGGGAGAUGGUGGAGGAGAAAGCCGACGAGAUUUUGUCCGCCGCUCGUGCCUCCGAUGUCGCCUUCCUCGUCGUCGGGGAUCCCUUCGGAGCUACGACGCAUAGUGAUCUAGUGGUUCGAGCUAGGGAAUUAGGGAUUGGGGUUAAGGUAGUGCACAAUGCGUCUGUGAUGAAUGCGAUUGGGAUUUGUGGAUUGCAGCUCUAUCGUUAUGGCGAGACUGUUUCGAUUCCGUUCUUCACUGAUGUUUGGAGGCCUGAUAGCUUCUAUGAGAAGAUACAGAAGAAUAGGGAGCUUGGAUUGCAUACUCUCUGCUUGCUAGAUAUUCGAGUGAAGGAGCCUUCGUGGGAGUCCUUGUCGAGGGGGAAGAAGAAGUAUGAACCACCAAGGUACAUGACUAUAAACACUGCAAUCGAGCAGCUGCUGGAAGUUCUACAAAAGCGCGAAGGGUCUGCAUAUGAUGAAGAUACCGAUUGUGUUGGGUUUGCUCGGGUGGGAAGUGAGGACCAGAAGAUAGUUGUUGGGCCAAUGAGGCAACUACUUUCAGUCGAUUUUGGUUCACCAUUGCAUUGCCUUGUGAUAACAGGCCAGACACAUCCAUUGGAGGAAGAAAUGCUGAACAUCUACCGGCUUAAUACAAACAAUGAUUCAGGCCAGAAAGUUAAAAAGAGUGUAUAAUUUCCUUGGUUGUCGAAGCAACAAUUGUAAUUUGUAAUUUGAUGACUCGAGUUGUAACAGAAAUCCCAUUUAUGGAACCUUGAAAUCUUGUUUUGCCUAUCCCUCGGAGAAAUUGAGCCACACAUGAUUUGCUAAAAUGAUUUUGGCGCCAUUUUGUUACUUA